UUGUCUUCUUGAUAAUUCCGAUAUCAAUAUUAGUAUUAAAUAAAAAUCUCCUUUUCAACCAAAAAAAAAAAAAAAACCUAUAGAAAAGUGAAAAAAAAAAAGAAGGGAAAGGGAGGAGCAAAUUAACCAAAUUUGCCAAUCGUUCCUCGGUAGCCGAGAGCAUCCUCCCUUAGUGUGCUCUAAUAGAUGCUAUCACUGAGAACUCUCCCAAUAAUCAUGAAGACACCAAGAACCAUUCCUUCAGCCCCAUCAACCCCACCAUCCCCACAUUCUCUCCCUUCCAGGUCCACAGCUUUGAGAACCCUCACUUCCAAGAAACCAAGAAACAUUCUAACAAAUCCGACCCCAACAACACAAGAACAAGAAGACCUCAAAUGGGUAGCCCUCAACUUAUCAAGAUCAGAACUUUACUUACCCCUCACCUUCCCAACUGGCCAAACCUUCAGGUGGAAACAGACAGGACCCAUUCAGUACACGGGUGUUGUUGGUAGGUCCCACUUAGUCUCACUAAAGCAACUUGACAACGGUGACAUUGGGUACCAUUUCCAUUCCACUACUGCCUCUGAGUCUAAGUUUGCUGUUGCUAGGAAAGCUCUUCUUGAUUUUCUCAAUGUGGGUAUUUCUUUAACUGAAGUUUGGGAGAGUUUUAAGGCUUCUGAUUCUAGAUUUGUUGAAUUGGCUAACCAUUUGGAGGGUGCUAGAGUACUAAGGCAAGAACCUCUUGAGUGUCUUAUUCAGUUCAUUUGCUCAUCUAAUAAUAAUAUCAAGAGGAUUACUAUGAUGGUUGAUUUUAUUUCAUCAUUGGGGAAUUUUAUCAAAUUCCAUCUUGGAGUUUUAGAUCUUGAUGCUGCACUUUACUCUGAAAAGCCAACUGCUAUUACUGAAGCUAGCAGUGAUGAAGAAAAGUCCUAUUAUAAGCACUGGGAUCGGUCUAACAGAUUAGGCCUAAUUGCGAAAGAACUUCUGAAACUUGUGGAAGAGUCUUCCCAAACUGCUGAUGAGUCUCUUGCUGGGACACUAAUGGGUACUUUGACCACCAUCAAGUUUGAUAGUUCAUGUACUAUGCAUGUACAUGUCAUUAAAAUGACAAACAUAGCAGCAAGACUUAAGUCAUUGGGAAUGGAAGUGGAACAGAAUUUCCUUGAAACGAGGCUAGAGAAUCAAGGAACCCACUUCAUUAAUUAUGUAAAUCAUCAAGGAGCUGAAAAGAAAGGAAAGAAGCAUGGUAAGGGACAACAGAAACAACUUAAUGUUAAUCAGUCCUCAUCUCAAGUACAUAAGAAAGGAAACAAAAAUGAAAAGUGUCAUUUCUGUGAAAAAUCUGGACACUUUCAGAAAGAUUGCCUGAAACGUAAGGCAUGGUUUGAGAAGAAAGGGAUUCCUUACAAUCCAAACCAUAAACAAGAAUGA